AUGCAGGGACCUCAGAAGCGACCCUUGGAUACGUCCUUGGAUACUUCACCCGAGCGCUUUACCAGAUCGCUUUCAAAGCGACUUCUCUGCAGAAACUCGCCAUAUUUUGAAAGGAUGUUUGAAGGGAACUUCCAGGAAGCGAAGGAACAAUCAGCCACACUAGAACCGAUCGAGGGUGUUGUGUCAGAGCGAAGCUUCGAAUCUCUCAUUGAGUGGAUGUAUCUUGACCGAAUUCAACCCCCAACGUCAGAUCCCAGGACCGAAAUCUCUACUGCUAUCGAAUUUGCCCGGCUCGCUGAUAUGUGCCAAGUGAAAGGGUUGGAAUCCGUGUUGGCGGAGCGGAUCAAAACAAUUUUAGUAGAGAAUUCUACGAAGUCCCAAAGAACAACCGAUUCAGAUCACCUCACCCACUGGCUUUCGCCUCAGCACAUCGCCUCAGCGGCAAACCUACCCAAAGGCCACAGAGUGCGCUCUGUUCUGGCUGCUGCAUCAGUCGAGGGUUAUCUUCGACUAGAGAACCUCAAGCUCUACAGCGAGACCAGAGAUAUUCCAUCUUUCAGUGCCGACAUCCUUGAGGAAAUGAGAAGCGCUCACCUGAGCAGAGACCUUAAGUACCUCCCUGACUCAGUCCAGUUCAUUCGGCCGUAUGCUCCUGCUGUCACUCUUAUAUUGUCCACUAAUCCAGAGCGGAGUAUAGACUCGCCUUCUGCUAAUCCCCUGAAGAUCCAUCACGCUAUAGCGAGAAUUACUCAUAUCAACGGUGCGGGCCAAUCCAUCGACAGUUUUCUUCGGGAUAUGGAGGAAACGGAAGAAGGCGACCUGAACGCAGACAGGUCAAGCCGUAUUGAUGACUACGUGUCUGGGUUUUCGAACGAGUGGUGA